AUGGGCAUGGUAAGUUAGCAAGGAGGGGCUGAGUGAAUCAAGAAUCAUAUGCUCAGUAGCUAGCUACUUUGAAUGGGAGUGUUGUAACGUUAGCUAGCUUGCUACAAUUUGUAGCUAACGUUAAUGACGUAAAAGAUGGUGCCAGUAGGCUACAGCGGCAAGCUAGAGCACAACACAUCAAUGCCACUGAUGUCUGUCAACCCUAUAAUUUCAGUUUGAAUCCUCUCCUAUUCCAGUACACAAGCUCAUCACAUAUUCCUUCCACUACAAGACAGUGACCCAGCUACUCCUCAGCAUUGGGGUUCUGGUGCCCCUCUGUGGAGGUACUGAGAAGAGUGUGGACCCUGUUCGUUUCCUCCUCAUGUUUCAGCUGCUCUCUAUCAGCACAGGGGUGUUGUACACCAUCCUGGGGCUGGUACUGUUUGGUGCAUCUUCCCAGAAUCAAGUGGAGGGAUUAGUUUCUGUAUCCCUCUCCCUUAUGGGUAUGGCCACAGUGCACUCCCGUAUGGUUAAGGGCUUUCUUUUUGGAGUCAGUGUACCCAUGUUAGCCCUGCCCUGGCUGUUACUGCUCAUCGUAACACUUUUGGUCCCACACACUGUCUUCCUCUCCAACGUCAUCAUUGCAGGGCGGGAUCUGUAUCCUUACUCCAACCUCAUUGUGGUUGAAAAGAACUGUGAUACACUCUGCAGUGUGUCACAGCUUUAAGUGUGCGUAGUAGUGUAGUUAAGUGUAAUAUUUGUAUGUGUUGUAUAUGCUUGAAAUGUUUGAGUCCUCAUGCUGAACAUUAUGGGAUGUUUGGUUAGGAAAAUCUUGCAUCACACAUUCUCAUUAUCUUGCUCUGGUGAAACAGACGGAAAGGGCUGGCUCUCACUUCUAGACAUGUCUGAUGCUAGGGCAUCAGUGCUGGACAAGAAUAUGCCUUUCAGGCUGCUGAGGAUCAUUGGUGUCCUGUAUGUCCCUGCAUCAACAGAGGAGAGAAGGAAGACGGUCCACCCACCGUGAGUACUGAGAACGCACUAGACGCAUUAUUUAUACUUCAAGACAAGGUAAUUAAAUUAACAUGAUUUCUGGGUGCAAGCCAGAGAACGUGAUGUACUACAGUAUAAUGAGGUGCAGUUUUAAUAGAGGAUACUCAGCUGUAAUUGAAUACUGUACAAUAGGCACUUAGUGGUCCCCAUUAUUCGAUAGAGAAUCACUGUUUAGUUAGAUAAGCGCUCUGUAAUCUCUCCACAUUCUCAUUGGUUGCAGAAUCAUUCCAUCCCCAGGCUCCUACCCAGUCCACGCCCACGCUCCAGUUUCCUCCAAUCUACAGGCUACCGAGACCACACCAAAGACAUUUGAAGGCUGGGCCCACUCAUACUAUACACAGGGGAGCCCGGUUCAGCUCUCAGGUUAUUAUGGUCACAACCAUGGAUAUGUCCUCAAGCAUAGCUUUGGGCCAAGUCAUGGACAUAGUCACUAACACAGCUCCGGCCAUAGACACAGUCAUGGGCACACAUAUGCCUCUCAAACCAGCAGUCACUGGGCUCCAGUGGCUCAACAUCUACAUUCUCAACAUUCCCACCUCAGUCCACUGUCUGUCAGUGCCCCCCAGAGUUUCACAGCAAACAUGCCCGAGUCACUGCCAGGAUCUGUGAUGGUUCACCCAGGGGCACCUGUGUCUUCACUGACAGCAACAGUGUGUGAAAACCUUGUGAAGACUUACAGAAAACGUUUGACCUGUGUCAUUGCCAACAAAGGGUAUAUAACAAAGUAUUGAGAAACGUUUGUUAUUGACCAAAUACUUAUUUUCCACCAUCAUUUGCAAAUAAAUUCAUUAAAAAUCCUACAAUGUGAUUUUCUGGAUUUUUUUUCUCUCAUUUUGUCUGUCAUAGUUGACGUGUACCUAUGAUGAAAAUUACAGGCCUCUCAUCUUUUUAAGUGGGAGAACUUGCACAAUUGGUGGCUGACUAAAUACUUUUUUCCCCCACUGUAGCUAGCUGAUGAUGAUAGCUACCUGUCUACUUUCAUAAACCACCAUGUGUAACUUAACCUAACCAUCUUAAAUCCUCCCUCUGUUGUCUGCAGGUGCCAACAUCAACGCUCAGACAGAGGAGACACAGGAGCGACCCCUUGAGCUGAUUACCUGUUGGCUGCAGGUGAGCAGAACCUCUCCUAACUGUUUGGCUCUCUUUUCAGCCCUCUCCUUACUCUCUCCCUGGCCACUCUCUCUCUUAUCACUCUCUCUCUCUCUCUCUCUCUCUCUCUCUCUCUCUCUCUGGUGUUAUCUAGACAAUGGAUCAACCAACCCGGACCACUUUGCCAACCCAGUCAUCAGGAAGAAGGAAAACCCUUAUUUAUUUCUCUUUCCCCUCUUUUCUUCUAUUUUAAAACCAACAUCUACCCACUUUUUUUAAAUUAACCCUUUAAUGCUGACCUGCAGUUGGCAAUGUGGAACAACUGUAUUCUUCUGGCUUUGGAUGUUAGGUCUUAUGACCUAACAAGCAUAACCUUUCAAGGUUUUACAGUAUUGAUUUCGACUGCAGCAAGUAUGCUUCUUUAGAUGCUUUACUUGCAUACAUUCGAACACAGUCAUUAUACACUGAGUAUACCAAACAUUCGAAACACCUUCCUAAUAUUGAGUUGCACCAAUAAGGGAUCAUAGCUUAAACCUGUAUUAAACUGGUCAGUCUAUAUCAUUGAAAGAGCAGUUGUUCUUAAUGUUUUGUAUAUUCAGUGCAUACUAUAACAUACAGUCAUGUGAAAAAGUAAGUACACCCCCUGGAUUUUUGGUUUGUUUUGGACAGAUGGAUAUGUAAUCUUCACUUCAACACUAUUGACAGAUAAAGGUAACCUAAUUUAACAAAUGACACUGAAAGAUUAUACUUUGUAAUCAUUUAUUCAUCAAAAAUCAACAGAAAUGCAAUUCCAUAGUUCGGAAAAGUACACCCCUAACUUCAAUAGCUUGUGUUGCCCCCUUUGCCUGAAAUAAGUUAAUGUAGAUGUAUCUUACAUCGAGCAGACCGGACAUCCUGGUCGCAUCAUACACAGGCCACUCUGGCGUGUCUGUUUCUCUCUCUCUCUCUCUCUCUCUCUCUCUCUCGCUCUCUCGCUCUCUCGCUCUCGCUCUCUCGCUCUCUCGCUCUCUCUCGCUCUGUUUGUCUCUCUCUCUCUCUCUCUCUCGCUCUGUUUGUCUCUCUCUCUCUCUCUCUCUCUCUCGCUCUGUUUGUCUCUCUCUCUCUCUCUCUCUCUCUCUCUCUCGCUCUGUUUGUCUCUCUCUCUCUCUCUCUCUCUCUCUCUCUCGCUCUGUUUGUCUCUCUUUGUUCUGUCCAGUUUCCAAAUAUUAUGUGUAAUGGAGGGCUAAAGGACUGUAUUAUUCUUAGGUUUCUGGUUUGGGUGUGUUCGCCUCUGGGCAUCUGCCAGAACGCAAUGAUGGCAAGACACAGUGA